AUGGACGGUCAUUAUGAAGUUGGAGGUAGUCCUGCUCGACCUCAACAUGUAUAUGAGCUCUGCUUUUCACAUGGACAGGAUACCCUCUUUGAUGCUUGCGAUUUUACCAAAACUAAAGCAGUAGAAGGGAUUUCAAGAAAGGAAGUAGAUCCAUUUGAGAGAUUAACUGAUCAAGACAUUUGCACUGCAAUCCACAAUGCAACUGGUCUUAGAUCCGCUUUAUUUGUGCUAGAGGUUCCACUUCAAGUUUUGGUUCGAAGACAAAUAGCUCAGUUGUUGGAUCAUGUCUUCAAUGUGCUAGACUUGUCUUCAACCUUCCCAAAAAAUGAUUGGACACUUAGUAGAAAUGGAGGUACUAGACUAAAGUACUUCAAUUGCGAUUUUUAUACAUACAUGUUCCUGUUCAUUAAACCAAGAGUCAACUAG